AAGUCCAAGGAUAAUCCAGAGAGAGUAGUCCAAAGUUCAAAUGCACAAGUCAAGGCUGGAGCAAACAAGUCAUCAAUAAUCUAAAGCAGAGGUCAAGGUCCGGAAAUUCUCAGUGAAAUACAAACAGCGGGUACAGUACGAAUGCAAGUUGCUCCCACAACUGAUCCAUAGUUUUCACUGUAUAGUAAGCCAGCAAUCUAUGGGCUGGAUCCAGACUGCACUUUGGCUGUUCCUCUCUGCUGCUCUUUUUCAGCUAAAUGAGCACUUCUACAUCUUUCCUUUAAGGCAAACUUUAGCCCCUGUGGCCUCUUUUGGUGACUCAGGUGAGCUAGGGGUCUGCUCAGGCACAGCUGUUGGUUGAUUGCAGAGUGGAGACAAACCCUUACUCUGAGCUUGCUCCUGCUCUGCCUCUGCAGGCUGAGGUGCUGCUACAUUUCCAUCCUCCCCUAUAUCCAGAUUUGGGUCUGGAAUUCCCUCCUGCUCAUGGCUCUGAAAAGUCUGCAGAGGCAACUCAUUCCCUGAAUCCUCACUAGAGACUUGAGGCAAAGGCUGAGCCACCACACUAUCCCCUCUCAGUUCUGCCUCAAGGAGCAGCAGGUCUAGGCUUGUGCAGGUAUUUCUGAUGAAAAGCCUGCACCAGUGCAGGGGCAUGGACCUGUUUCAGGCUCCCAGGACUGGUCCUCUUGGCCGUAACCCUUCCAGUCCACCAGGUACUGAAGACGCCCCCUUCGGAGAUGAGAGUCCAGGAUCUGGGCCACCUCAAACUACUCUUGGCCAUGAAUAGGUGUUUUAAUUUGUUAGUGUUGGGUGGGGCACAUUGCUCUGGCUUCGUAAAGCAGGUCGUAAAUAACCCUUGUUCUGCUUUCAAAAGAAACGUUUCAAACUAUAUCACAGUGUUGGGUUCAGUCUACCUGAACAGAGCCCCCUUCUUUUUUUGGUUUAUCGCAAUGUCAUGUCCUAUAAGUGGACUUCCAGAAUGAAAAUGGGAAAAGGUCCCUCUACUUUUAAUGGUUAAAUAGAAGAGGAAAUGUUAGCAUGUGUUGCUUAUUGCGUGAUUUUAUAAGAAGCAACACCUGAACUUUCCUCUACUAUGCAAUUAUUAAAGGAACUGGCCUCUCUCAGGUUUUCUAUUAAAGGAAUUGGGUUCUCUCUAGGGAAUGCUUGGCUCAGCAUAUUACAACAGCAGAGCCAAAUUUUUCAGUCCAUACUUGUAAACUUAGUUUGAAACCCUAUGCCUAUCUUGCAUUCUGGUGUAUUUUCUGAGAUAAAGGAAGCAACCAAAUUAGUCACACAAAGAAGGAAACAGAAUCUGAUAAUUUAAAAAACUGCAAAUUUCCUCCAAUGGGUAUGUAUUUUGACUGAAAACACAACCAACUUCUAAAUAUACUGAUUUUGUCCUGUUUCUCCAACAACCUGAAGAUUGCCUACCUAAUCUUCUGCCCUCAAAACAAUAUCUUCACAACAACUCUAUAAUGUAAGUUAUCUUAUAAACCCUAGAAACUUUAGUCAGAAAAUCAAUCCAAAUUUCUGGGUCGAGUAUUGUACCUUUAUUACUCUUAUAAAAAUAACUAUUCCCAGCUCUGAAUAGAAUGGUGAAAGAAGCACAGACCUUCGCUUCUGGCUUUUUGAAUACCUGGGUUGGGAAAUGGCAGUGGUGGUCAAUGGAAGCUGGUUCCUUGAGACUGCAGUAGUGCUUUCACUUCUCUGUGAAAUGACCUUUGACUUCUUCAUGAAUCAUAUCAAAAUCCAUUAUUUUGCCUCCAAAAUCUGCCCUCAACUUAUUCACGAGGUCAACUUAUACAUGUGUAUAUAUGAUAGGCUGAGAGAUCAUGUGUGGCAAAUUUGAAGAUGGAUCUUCCUAAUGUUAGCCCACCAUGCUAACCAAUGCAAUAAAACACGAGCUCUUUCAUUGCAAUUGUUGUACUAAAAGUAUAUGUAGCUACCAAGCAGAGUUUUGUACAACACACUUCUAAGGAAAGGACUAUAUCAAAUACAUCACAAUUUUAAUAAACAUGUCUCACUGUGAUCAACAGGGAUUGUGACACUAUGUUUGUAUAGGAUUACAGUUAAAGAAUUAACUUUGAAAUUGUAGAAUGUAUGACUUUGGAGCAUAAAUAAAUAGUAUACAAAAAUAACUUUAGUGAUAUUCUGUCCAGAGUCCGAUUCAGACAUAUUGUUAAUUGUGUUAACUGGAAGGAAAAAGCCAGUUUACAUUCUGGUUCUUCAGAGGCUGAACUAAAAACUGUUCGGUUAGAAUCUGAGUUAGUUGUAGCAGCUUUUUACUGCUGAUGAGAAUGUGUAGGAAUGAGUGGUAUGCUUGGACCACUGCUAAUAAAACAAAGUGAUGUCAUAUUGAUAAGAAUUGCCUUGUGUCAGACACCAAGCUCUGAUGAAAACCAACCUGGAGGAAUAAGUUUUGCCUUAUUUGGAUUCUAUUUUGACAAUCAGCUCUAUUUUACAAAUUUGUUAAUCAGUGACAUCUGCUAGCCAAGAAACAGCUGGGGGCAGUGCUCCACUUUGGCAGGGAAAUUCUACAUCUCUUGCAGGAUGAACCAAGCAGGAAGAGAAUGAGAAUUGAGAGGGUGUUUUUUUUUGUUGCUAAUUUUCCAACUGCACUAAUUGAAUAAAGAUUUCCAGAAAUUGUAUGGAUACUCACAGUAGAGUCAGUCAAGUAAACAGCAUUCCAGGAACUGUCUGGUCUCUUAUUCAUUGACCUCUGCGUAACUUUAGCAUUCUAACAUAAAUAUCUAAUCAUGAUGUGGCUCUCCAAAGUUCAUCCCAGGCCGUGUGAAGGGGUGGUAAUGUCUGAAUAUUUCAGAGAUUUCUGGCAAAGUUUAAGGCUGAGACGUGACUAAUGCAUUUUAGAAGCUAAGCCACCUCUCUUGUGGGAACUGGAUGAAUGCGGGUGAUCUACACAAAAAUGUCAAACUGGGGAAGAGGAUAUCACUGGUAGCAUACGGUUAUCCCAUGAAGUGUCAUAUACUCACGAAAACUGGUUGCUGAGUCCUCUUCUUUGGUCAAGUGGAAAUUGCUUUAGAAAGUUUCCUGGUGAGAUUUUGUCUUGGAGAAGACCAAGUAGUGAGUUCACCAGGAUCAAUAAACUUUCUUCAUUCUUGUAAAAAGGAGGCACUAGGGCCCUGCGUGAAAUGACUUUUUGAAGUUCCCCUCCGUGGGUGCUGCUACAUACAUACUGAUUUCCUUUAGGUCUUGUGAUGAACUGAGUAAACCACAGAUUUCAACAGGAACCCUCUACACUGGUACUUAUUUCCAUUGCUGCCGCAUGCAUUUGUCAUGUCCAUCUUCAUCAGUUCAGCUUCACCUAGUUUUACAGCAUGGAUCAAAAAGAAAUUCUCACACAAAACUUGGAAAGGGCCAAAAGUAGAAUGCUCCACAAAGCGGAAUUCAGAAAUGAAUUUUUGAAACUGAAAAAGCAAUCAGCAACCUACAAAGCAGACAAAAUCUACCCGACAGUUACAUCUGAGAGCCCAGAAAAUGUCAGCAAGAAUCGAUAUAAGGACAUCUUGCCAUAUGAUCACAGCAGAGUGAGGCUCUCCCUUAUCACAUCAGAUAAAGAUUCUCAUUAUAUCAAUGCCAAUUUUAUCAAGGGUGUAUAUGAGCCAAGGACGUACAUCGCUACCCAGGGUCCUCUUUCCACAACUGUAGUGGACUUCUGGAGGAUGAUUUGGGAAUAUAAAGUCUUGAUUGUAGUUAUGGCUUGUAUGGAAUUUGAAAUGGGAAAAAAAAAAUGUGAACGAUACUGGGUGGAUGCAGAUGAGUCCCCGCUCCAGUUGGGCCCCUUUACUCUUUUUUGUGAGGCAGAAGAAAAGAGAAGUGACUAUGUAAUUCGUAUUCUGAAAGUCAAACUGAAUGGCAGUGAAAUCAGGACUGUCUAUCAUUUCCAUUAUAAACAUUGGCCAGAUCAUGAUGUCCCUUCCUCAAUUGAUCCAAUUCUUCAGCUCAUAGAGGAGAUGCGAUGCUACCAAGGACAUGGUGAUGCACCUAUCUGUGUGCACUGCAGUGCGGGCUGUGGGCGAACUGGAGUCAUCUGUGCCAUUGACUAUACACGGACUUUGGUAAAAGAUGGGAUUCUCCCAAUAAACUUCAGUAUUUUCAACAUGAUUCAGGACAUGCGUACACAGCGGCCCCUAAUAGUGCAGACCCAGGAGCAGUAUAAGUUGGUCUAUGAUGCUGUGAUUGAACUCUUUCAAAGGCAAAUUGAUGCACACCCCGAUCAUUCCGAUGUGGUUGCUGGGGAGACUGAAACCAACCAAACAACAGUGGAAGAACUCCAUGCUCCAUGUAUGGAAACUUCUUUUCUGAAACAGCUGAGCAGUUCAGUGCAAGGGGAAGAGAAGAAACGUCAGUGUCCUGAUGACAAUGUAUGGGACUUGGACAAACAAGGCCAUUCUAGAGAUGAUGCUUGUCCAGUUAGACAAGCACUUUUUAUGAGAUCCUUGAACUUCAGCACAAGCAAAGACAUGGCUCCCACAACAGAAUUGCACUCUUGGUCAACAAAACAGCCACUACUUAAACAUCACAGUAUGGACUUUGACAAUCUGGGCUGGGGAGAAAUGCUUCUCCCUUUGAAAUCUGAAGAUGAAACUAUGAUAAGCUUAGAUACGAAGGUGCCUCUCACACGGACCAAAUCAACCCCUUUUGAGUUAGUAUCGCAAAAAACAUCCCAAAUGAUGACAAGAAACAACCUUGAUUCCUGUCCGGACCUUGACUCAAACCCUUCAGAUAAACUACCUAGUAAUGCCCAACAUUGUAUAUUCAAAAAAGUACGUCAUCAACCAUGUACCUGGUCAUCAGAAGAUCCUUACUUUUCCUCUUUUUCAUCAGAGGAGCCCUGUUCCCCAGUACGUCUUGACUCUGCUGUGGGUCCACCUGUAACGGUUUCCUCAGUUUCCCAGGCUGUGGACUUUACAGCCCAGUCCUUGGAUGGCACAGAUCCAAGCCAUCAACUGUCCAGUUUCCAGGCAGAAAAUCUUCAGCUUUUGGACACAGUGGAAUCCACUUGCCAGAGUUCUCCCCAUCUGGAUGAAGACAUUCCUCCUCCAUUGCCCCAAAGAACCCCUGAAUCCUUUAUUGUACCUGGAGAAGAUGAUAUUCCUUUGUUGGCAACUUCAAACCACCAAUCACCAUCCAAAAAAGAGAAAAUUGGGAUCUCCAAAGAAUGGAGUAGCUUGUCCCAGCUGAAAUUUCUUGAUGAUUCUGUGAGAUUGAGGCCAAGUAAGAGUGUGAAACUUCAGAGACCCAGAUCAGAGAUUCCUCGAGAUCGAUCUACAUCGCCCCCUCCUCCACCACUUCCUGAAAGGACGCCUGAGUCAUUUCUCCUUGCAGAUGAUGAAUCUGAGCCACCUGUUAUGAACAGUGUCACCAGGCUUGGAGAUUCUGGAAUUAAGCUGACAGAGAAGUCAUCGAAGGAAGCAAAGGGCUUCAGGAGGACUAAGAGCCUCAAAAUUUUUAAAAAUGUGAAAAAUACGAUUUGUGGUCCAUCUUCCCUAGGCAAAGCGCCAGAGCCUGAUCAAUCACGUCAUGCCAGCUCUGUUCUGAGUUUUGGCUUUGCAAACCGUUUUUCAAAACCAAAAGGACCAAGAAACCCUCCACCCAGCUGGAACAUUUAGAAGACCCUCACCAGAUACAAUUUGUCCUUAGCCCUGCAGACUCACCUUGUUGUUCUAACUUUUGGUUGAUCAUCAUUCUGAACCAACAUGUUUUUAUUGUGGUGCCAUGAGAAAGGAUAGUAUGUUUCCUCUAUAUGGUGAAUACAAUGCAGUUUCAUCCAUCCAAUGGACCUGGACUACAACCAAAGUAAAUGAGAACACAAAACCAUGGUAAUCCCUUGUUUCUACCUUCCAGAGAAGAACCACUUCUAAGAAGGUUUCUGCAGGCUGUGUGUAGAGGUGUGAGCUAUAAAAAAUAGCACUCUAUUUAAGCAGAACAGCUCUUGUUAUUUAUUAGUUAAAUAUGUUUCUGAUACACAAAUGUGGAUUUCAAGACCUAACAUUUCUGUUUCUCUGCUUUUGAAAUAUAUCAGAAACUGUCAUGGAAAUAAUUUUAUUCUAUACAAAUACAAGGGGCAUUAUUUGCAUGAAUGUAGUGGAAACCAAGCAGUGACAUGUGGACAUGUAAGAUUUUUGCUAUACUGGUACUUUAGAGGUAUCCUACCCCUAAAGAUCAACAAAUGGAAACAUUCCCAUCUGCCUCCUUAACAAAAAGCAAUGGCUCAUUUUCCUAUUAAAUAACAAUUGUGGUUUCUCAACUCGCUAUAUUUUUUUGAGCCAUAUUUUGUUUUUAAUGAAUAAUUCUUGACCACAGCAUCUGAGAUCUGUUUUCCAAAUCUUCAGUUUUGGAAGUCCAAAACAUUUACCUUCAAUACUCUUCAGUUAGCAUUGCCCCCAGUAAUAGGUUGAGAUUGGAGCCAGUCACAUCUGAACAUAUCCAUAGAGGUUUUUGUUUCCUUGUCACUUUCAACUGUUGGAAUAUAGUGCAAAGAGAUCUUGAAAAUCUCUCCCACUGGGCCCCAAAAGGCCUUAUACUUGUCGCUAAAACAAUAUUCUUUAAUGUUCAAAAUGUGCCCUGGCAGACAUGCCUGUAAGAAAAUAUAUUUGCACAGUAGAAACACAUGCAAAUAGUUGAGUUAGUGAGAGCACUGAUACUCAAAGUGAUGAAUCACAGACUGCUGGUUCUAGACAAAUUUCCAAGAAAAAAUAAAUGUCACACAAUGGGCAAAAAUGUAA